AACACGCUGCCGGAGCGCUGCAGCUCCACAGAGGACAGAAGCUCCGGGAUGGAGAGCCUGGAUCUUCAGGUGUGACUGAGAGUCUCAGAGUCGGUCCCUGUGAACGCCAUCAUGCGGUGCAGUCACGUGCUGCUGUCCGUCUACAUCCUCACCUUCCUGAUGGGCGUUCCCGCCAACAUCCUGGCAUUCUUCACCUUCUGCCGCAAGGUGCACCGGAGGGCGACCCCGAUAGACAUCCUGCUCCUCAACCUCACCAUCUCCGACCUCAUCUUCCUCGCCUUCCUGCCCUUUAAGAUGAAGGAGGCGUCGGACGACAUGGCCUGGCUGCUGCCCUUCCCCCUCUGUCCCUUCACCGGCUUCCUGUUCUACGUCACCAUCUACAACAGCACCCUGCUGCUCACAGCUGUGAGCGUGGAGCGUUACCUGGGGGUGGCGUUCCCCCUCAGGUACUCCCUGUGUCGCAGGCCUCGCUACGCCGUGCUGGCCAGCCUCAUGUUCUGGGUGGUGACCUCCCUGAACCUCAGCAUCGUCUACAUCAUCCCCUACGCCCAGUGGCGCAAAGGUGCAGACGGUGACAGCAACACCAGCAGAAGCAGCCCCGCCCCUCCUCCACCCACCUGCUACCUGAAUUUCACUGAGGACGAGUUGAAGAUCGUGCUGCCGGUCCGCUUGGAGCUCUUCCUCGUCCUCUUCUGCAUCCCCUUCUUCAUCUGCUGCUUCUGCUACAUCAACUUCAUCCUCAUCCUCUCACGUCUUCCAAACAUCGGCCGGCGGCGGAGGCUGCGUGCCAUAGGCCUGGCGCUCGGCACACUGAUGGUGUUCGCCGUCUGCUUUGGGCCUUACAACGCCUCCCACGUGGUGGGGUUUGUGCGGAAGGAGAGCGAGGAGUGGAGGAACAUGGCGCUGCUCUCCAGCACCUUCAACGCCUGCCUGGAUCCGUUCAUCUUCUACUUCUCCUCAGCAGCCGUCAGGAGCAUGUUGAACCACUGCUGCAGGAGCAUCAUGGCAAAGCUGCACAUCCUGAGGUGUGGGGGGGCUCCUCACCGCUCUCACCAGAGACCCCCCAAGACUGACAAGUACAAGGAAGCAGCCCCUCCUUGA